CAUUUUCCCCUCUUUAGUCAGACGGCGCUGCCAUCAUCCUGUUUUCCGCUCCUCCUCCUCCUCCUCCUCCUCUCGUCCCGCUGACGCACCGCCGUGUUCAGCUCUCAGCUGCUGAUGCUGAGGCUCUCUCACCGGCAGCUUCUCCAUGUAUGGAUGCGCGCGGGGAAGUGAUGCUGUAGGCCGACCAAAGACGCAGAGACGACACCGCCUGUCCGGAGGACUGGAGCAGGAAUCGAACCUGACACUGUUUUGAAUGGACAGAGGAUUGUGUGGUUUCUGAGCUGCUGAGGUGUGCAUCUGUAGCCACGCGGAUCCCGAGCUCUCCUGCUGAUACAAUCGGCUUCGGCAUGGCGGGGGCUUCAGUGAAAGUGGCGGUGAGAGUCCGUCCCUUUAACUCGAGGGAAAUCGGGAAGGAGAGCAAAUGCAUCAUUCAGAUGUCAGGAAACACAACAACAAUCCUGAAUCCCAAACAACCCAAAGAAAACAAAAGCUUCAACUUUGACUUUUCUUACUGGUCACACACCACGCCUGAGGACAUCAACUAUGCCUCACAGAUGCAGGUGUACAAGGACAUCGGAGAGGAGAUGCUGCUCCACGCUUUUGAGGGUUACAACGUUUGCAUAUUUGCUUACGGACAAACGGGAGCGGGCAAAAGCUACACAAUGAUGGGCCGACAGGAACAAGACCAGCAGGGGAUCAUACCCCUGCUGUGCGAGGACCUUUUCACAAAGAUAAACGAUAGCAAUAAUGACAACAACAUGUCGUACUCCGUGGAGGUGAGCUACAUGGAGAUCUACUGUGAGCGUGUGCGUGACCUUCUCAACCCCAAAAACAAAGGCAACCUGCGAGUCAGAGAGCACCCCCUGCUGGGGCCCUACGUUGAGGAUCUGUCCAAACUGGCCGUCACCUCCUACAACGACAUCCAGGACCUGAUGGACUCUGGGAACAAGGCCAGGACUGUGGCUGCUACAAACAUGAACGAGACCAGCAGCCGCUCUCAUGCCGUCUUUAACAUCAUCUUCACGCAGAAGAAAUACGACAUGGACACGGACAACACCUCAGAGAAGGUCAGUAAGAUUAGUCUGGUGGAUUUGGCUGGCAGUGAGAGAGCAGACUCAACUGGAGCCAAAGGAACCAGACUGAAGGAAGGAGCAAACAUUAAUAAAUCCUUGACCACACUGGGGAAAGUCAUUUCUGCUCUGGCGGAAAUUGACUCUGCUCCAAAUAAAAAUAAGAAAAAGAAGAAGGUGGAGAGUUUUAUUCCCUACAGAGAUUCAGUUCUGACUUGGCUGCUGAGAGAGAAUCUUGGAGGAAACUCUCGCACAGCCAUGGUGGCUGCCCUCAGCCCUGCAGACAUUAACUAUGAUGAAACCCUCAGCACUCUCAGGUACGCUGAUCGUGCUAAACAGAUUCGCUGCAACGCCGUGAUCAACGAGGACCCCAACAACCGCCUGGUGCGUGAACUGAAAGAGGAAGUGGCUCGUCUCAAAGAUCUGCUGUACGCGCAGGGCCUGGGAGACAUCAUAGAGACGUUUCGCUGCACCGAUCCGGUCAUCACUGGUUUGAAAUUGACCCAUGCAAUGACAGGAAUGAGCCCCUCCCCGUCACUCUCCGCCUUGUCCAGCCGCGCCGGAUCCAUCAGCAACCUCCACGAUCGCAUCUUCAGCCCAGCCAGCGAGGAGGCCAUCGAAAGACUCAAGGAAACAGAGAAAAUUAUCGCUGAGCUCAAUGAGACAUGGGAGGAGAAACUGCGUCGCACAGAAGCAAUCCGCAUGGAAAGAGAGGCUCUGCUGGCUGAGAUGGGUGUUGCAAUGAGAGAGGAUGGAGGCACUGUUGGCGUCUUUUCUCCCAAAAAGACGCCUCAUCUGGUGAACCUGAACGAGGACCCGCUCAUGUCUGAGUGUCUGCUCUACUACAUCAAAGAUGGCAUCACCAAAGUUGGCCGUGAAAAUGCGAAAACACGCCAAGACAUCGUUCUUAGUGGCCACUUUAUUAGGGAUGAACACUGCACGUUCAGUAGCACCACCGGUCCACAGGGGGAAGGAUGCGUCAUUCUUGAGCCGUGUGAAGGAGCAGAAAUAUACGUCAAUGGAAAGCGAGUCACAUCACCCAUAGUCCUGCGAUCCGGGAACCGUAUCAUCAUGGGGAAGAGCCACGUGUUCCGCUUUAACGACCCCGAGCAGGCGCGUUUGGAGCGCGAGAGGACGCCGUGCGCAGAGACGCCGGUGGAGCCCGUGGACUGGGCUUUUGCUCAGAGGGAGCUGCUGGAGAAACAAGGCAUUGACAUGAAGCAGGAGAUGGAGCAGAGACUUCAGGAGCUUGAAGAUCAAUACCGGAAAGAGAGAGAGGAAGCCAGCAACCUGCUGGAGCAGCAGAGGCUGGACUAUGAGAGUAAGCUGGAGGCCCUUCAGAAACAGGUGGACUCUCGUUACCUGGAGUCACCAGAGGAGGAGGAGGAGCCUGAAGAAGAAGUGCCGUGGACCAAACAUGAGACUGAGCUGGCGCUUUGGGCUUUCAGAAAGUGGCGUUUCUACCAGUUCACCUCUCUCAGAGAUCUGCUCUGGGGCAAUGCCAUCUUCCUCAAGGAGGCCAAUGCUAUUAGUGUGGAGCUGAAGAAGAAGGUGCAGUUCCAGUUCGUCUUGCUGACAGACACUCUCUACUCGCCGCUGCCGCCGGACCUGCUUCCUCCCAGCCUGGCCAAAGAGCGGGAGAGACGACCUUUUCCUCGGACAAUCGUGGCUGUGGAAGUCCAGGACCAGAAGAACGGAGCUACACAUUACUGGACUCUGGAGAAACUCAGGCAGAGGCUGGACCUGAUGAGAGAGAUGUAUGACCGCGCUGCAGAGCUGCCCAGCAGUGCUGUGGAGGAGUGUGACCACGCCAUGACCGGAGGUGACCCCUUCUACGACCGCUUCCCGUGGUUCCGUCUAGUCGGAAGAGCUUUCGUGUAUCUGAGUAACCUGCUGUACCCGGUUCCCCUGGUGCACCGUGUGGCGAUUGUCAGCGAGAAAGGAGAGGUGAAAGGAUUCCUCAGGGUGGCUGUGCAGGCUAUUUCUGCUGACGAAGAGGCUCCGGAUUACGGCUCUGGAGUGAGGCAGUCGGGCACUGCCAAGAUCUCAUUUGAGGACAAACAGUUUGAGAAGUUCCAGAGCGAGUCGUGUCCUGGAGGUUUGUCGCAUUCCAACACAUCCCAGGAGGAGCUGCGGAUUGUGGAAGGAGAAGGACAGAAUUCCGAGAUAGGAAUCUCUGCAGAUGAAGUCAACAACAACACCUGUGCAGCCACACAGGAGCCACCUCCAAGCCCGGUGAAGUCCUUAGGUCUGGACCUCCCUCUGGAGCUGUCCCCCGAGAAAGCCUUGUCCCACCUGAAGAUUGGAAGCACCUUCACCUUCAGGGUCACCGUCUUACAAGCCUCCAGCAUCUCAGCAGAAUAUGCCGACAUCUUCUGCCAGUUCAACUUCAUCCACCGUCACGAUGAAGCUUUCUCCACUGAGCCUCUGAAGAACACCGGCAGAGGACCUCCUCUGGGUUUUUAUCAUGUACAAAAUAUAACAGUGGAGGUGACCAAGUCCUUCACGGAGUACAUAAAGACUCAGCCCAUCGUCUUUGAGGUGUUUGGACACUAUCAGAAGCAGCCUUUCCCCCCGCUCUGCAAAGAUUUGAUCAGCCCCCUGAGGCCGUCUCGAAGGCAGUUUCCACGAGUGAUGCCUUUGUCCAAACCAGUGCCAGCCACCAAGCUAAACACGAUGACUCGCUCCACAGCGGGACCUUGUCACGCCAAAUACGACCUGAUGGUUUUCUUUGAGAUCUGCGAGCUGGAAGCUAAUGGAGACUACAUCCCAGCGGUUGUGGAUCACAGGGGUGGGAUGCCAUGCCAUGGAACUUUCCUUCUCCACCAGGGUAUUCAGAGGAGGAUCCGAGUCACUAUUGCUCAUGAAACGGGAAACGAUAUUGAGUGGAAGGAGGUGAAGGAGCUUGUCAUUGGACGCAUUCGAAACACCCCAGAGGCUGACGAGACGAUCAUAGACCCCAACAUCCUCUCCCUCAACAUCCUGUCUUCUGGAUACUUCUGGCCCAAACAUGACGACAAUGUGUCCUUGGGAGUUGAUCAUAGAACCUUCUACCGGUUCGAGUCAGCGUGGGACAGCUCCAUGCACAACUCUCUGCUUCUGAACCGAGUCACUCCAUACGGGGAGAAGAUCUACAUCACCCUCUCUGCGUAUCUGGAGAUGGAGAACUGCACUCAGCCGACGGUGAUCACCAAAGAUUUCUGCGUGGUGUUUUACUCCCGUGACGCCAAGCUGCCAGCUUCUCGCUCCAUCAGGAAUCUGUUCAGCACCGGCUGUCUCCGCCCCUCAGAGAGUAACCGUGUCACUGGAGUUUAUGAAGUCACUCUCUGCUACGUAGCCGACAAUGGAAGUCCAGGGAUGCAGCGUCGUCGCAGGCGUGUGCUGGACACCUCGGUGGCUUAUGUGCGAGGAGAGGAGAACCUGGCUGGAUGGAGGCCUCGCAGUGACAGCCUCAUCCUCGACCACCAGUGGGAGCUGGAGAAACUCAGCUUACUGCAGGAGGUGGAAAAGACCAGGCACUACCUGCUGCUGAGGGAGAAGCUGGAGGCGACUCUGCAGGCGGGACAGGAUGCACUUUACAAGAGCAACGAUUUCAGUGACUUUGCAAAGGGGCCCGCUGUCUGUCAGAGCCCGAGCAGCAGCCCGGUCCACGAAAGCCCCAACGAGAGGCAGAGAGAGCUGGCUGCUAAGUGUCUGCGUUUGCUGAUGCACACCUUCAACAGAGAGUACAGCCAGGUGAGCAGCAGUGCCAGUGAGAGCAAGCUCUCGGAGAUCUCGGCGUCGCUCAUGAGAGAAUCGUCCUCGUCUGGACUGAGCACGCUCACUCCCUCCUCCACCUGUCCUUCAUUGAUUGAUGGACACUACGACAUGAGACUCACUGAACUGAGCUCCGGAGCGUCCACUCCAGACUUGGACCCCUUCAGCCCAGUGGACCGGAAGAAAGCUCUCAGAGGAUGCACGUUUGUUCCUGACAUCCAGGAGAUCCGUGUCAGUCCCAUCGUGUCAAAGAAAGGCUAUCUGCACUUCCUGGAGCCACACACCAGCGGCUGGGUGAGGCGUUACGUGGUGGUGCGCCGGCCUUACGUGUACCUUUACCGCAGCGAGCGAGACAGCGUUGAGAGAGCGGUCAUCAACCUCUCUUCUGCUAAGGUGGAAUACAGCGAAGACAAACAGACACUUCUGCGGACUCCCAACACGUUCGCCGUGUGCACGGAGCAUCGUGGGAUUCUGCUGCAGGCCUCCAACGACAAGGAGAUGCAUGACUGGCUGUACGCCUUCAACCCUCUCUUAGCCGGCACCAUCAGGUCGAAGCUCUCCAGGAGAAAGUCAGUCCAAUCGGUCCCGGCCGCUCAGAGGAUGUGAGAGGUGAACCAGCCUGGUUGGAACGAGAAACACAAAACUACCACUACAAUCUUAAAGCUUGGCUCAGCAUCUUGCUUUGAUGAACAAAAACAAUAUAACAGACUUAUCCAUCUCUGUAGUGACUGCCCCCCGUCCCCAAAACCCCCUCGGUCGAACACCAGUCUCUUGUCUCACUUUUUGCAGUCCUCUUCUUCUUCUUCAGCCUUGCAUGGUGUGUCCCUCCUCUGUCUUUUAGAAUAGUUCAUAAGAAAACUAACUAUCCAAACCUGGUAAUUACCUUAGCUGUGCAGUGCAUUACAACUAGUUCAUUUUUAUGGACUUGAAGGAAUAUGUUAUCUUCUAGGCUUCAAGUUGCCUGUAAAUAAUUAUUUUAUCUCAAAUUGACAAAAAAAAGGAAGAAAGUGACAGGAAAAAUAUCUAAACACAAACCAUUAAUGCAGCUGGAGAAGAGAAAAACAGUAAACAGGAUGUUUGUGUGUUGAGUGCUGGGUUGAAAGCUUCACUUGCUAUCUUUAGAUAUCACAUUACCUCAGCCUGGAUGGGCUCGAUGCUCUGCAGCAUGGAGUGUUCUACUGCGAAGGUUGCUCUUCAUUUGAAAAAUACAGUAGCAUGAGAAGAGAUGGACAGAAGAAUACGCUUCUGUCAUUUUGUUUUUUCUAAGCUCUUGUUUCAUGAAAAAUAAGUUCAGAGAAGGAAUUUAAGGAGAGACUUGGAAUGUUUUUGCUUCUUUUCUUACUCAUUGUUAUAAUUUAAAAAAAUAUAUAUUUUGCAGAUUAUUUGCACUGUUGUUGAGAGUUGUGUUGUUUAUAAUUAUGAUAAUGGUUUAAAUCAUAUUUCAAUUUUGUUUUAUGGGGAAAACUCUCAUGACAGAGUCGCAGUGAAAGCUGUUUUUGACGGCGGAGGAUGCAUCAUGAUAAGGGGGAUUAUUUGCAUUCAGGAAACAAGAGGAUACCUAAAGCCUGACUUUUGCGAAACUGAGCAAAUUCACCUGUAAAAUUCAGAAAAUGAUUCAAAGCUGUUUGAAAAAACAUGUGUCUUGUAAAAAAGUGACAUUCUUGUCCAUUUUUGAAGGAAUAACUUUGUGGUUUUGAAGUCUGCUCUUUAACCUGUUCCUACCUACGUUCAUCUUGCUACCAUACGAUGCAUUAUGAGUUCUGCUAACCUACAGUAAUGUUCUUGCAUCUUUAUUAUUAACAAGCAACACGAGACAGAAAUUAUUAAAAAAUCAGUUUUUCUAAGCCAGCAAGGCCAAGUGGGGCCCAUACGGCUUAAAAGUGGGCAGAAAAUGUGGGCCCCGAUUGGGUUUGCCCACUUUGGCUAAGGUGGGCACUCGGUAGGUAAGCUUGCUACGUUAGCCAUCCGUCUGGUGGAUAGCAUAGUGUGCUAGCGACCUCCACUGUAGCGAGCUCUGUUGUAUCAAGCUAGCGAGCUACACUGUAGUUAGCUACUAAGCUCAGUUGUUUUGAGCUAGCAAUGCUCCACUGCAUCAAGCUAGCUAGCUCCAGUGUAUAAAGCUAGCAAUCUCCGCUGUGUCAACUGAGCUAGCAAGUUACACUGUAGCGAGCUAGCAAGCUCCAUCGUUUUGAACUAGCAAUGCUCCGCUGUAUCAAGCUAGCCAGCUCCAGUGAACUAAGCUAGCAAGCUCUGUUGCAUUGAGCUAGCGAGCUUCGAUGUAGCGAGCUACGCUGUAUCAAGCUAGCGAGCUUUGAUGUAGUGAGCUACGCUCUAUCAAGCUAGCGAGCUCCGAUGUAGCGAGCUAGUGAGCUAGAGUAUAGCAAGCUAGCAAGCUCUGUUGUAUCGAGCUAGUGAGCUCCGUUUGUAUUGAGCUAGCGAGCAGACCCGCUGUCCACCAGGCGGCUGCCUAGCGUAGCGAACCUACCCUCGGAGUGCCAACUAAAGCCAAUGGGGGCAAACACAAGUGGGCCACCACUGAAACUGCGGGCAAACCCAUUUGGGGGCCACAUUUUCUCCCCACUUUGAAACCAUGCGGGCCCACCAGCCCUUGCUGACUGGGUUCCCCUUUCCCUGUAGUAGAGACGUAAAUAAAAGAAACAAAUUCAAAA